CUUAAGGACAUUGCAUACAGAGUUGGAAAAUUAAUAUAAGACUGAUUAUAUAAAAACAGGCAUCGAGAUGAUCCGACCUAACUUCGAAGCGCAGCCGACGUCGAUCGACUAUCAGCAGCUCCCGAGUCAGCAUCAGCAGCAACAGCAGCAGCAGCAACAACAGCAACAGAUUUCUAAAAUUGUUAGCAGUCCUCCACCAACAUUACUGGGCACACCAAAUGGAACCACAAUGUGUGUAGCAAAGCUUAUGGUUGGUCUGGAUCAUGCCCCUCCGGCAUUCAAUGUACGAUCCCGUGUACUUGGUGACGGGGGAACUAACAUUAAUUAUAUACGCACCGAAACCGGUGCUAUGGUAACCCUGCGGGGUCGUGGAUCGAUGAAUCUCGAGCCACAAACGAUGCAGGAAGCGCCGGAGCCUUUGCAUUUAUACAUUGAACAUCCUGGUCUGGAUGGGAUACAAAAUGCCAAGCAAUUAGCCAAAAAUUUGAUUGAAACAUUACAGGAAGAGCUAACAUUCUUUCAAGAAAACAAUGUUUCCAAAGCAAAUUUUCAGUUGAUCCCGCAACCAAGCAUUGUUCAGACAGCACAAGUGACACAGAUGCCGCCAAUCAUACGGGCACAGCAUGUGACCCAACCGAACGGCAUAAUACACCAGCCACCACCGUCGGUUCUAGCGCCUCAGAAUUUUGUGCAGCAUCCGCCUGCGUUGCCGCAAAGUCAGCCACCUCCGCCGCAAAUCAUUCAACAGCCACCAACCAUAAUACAGUCACACGUACCUGUACAGAUUCAUCAGCAGCCAAACAAUGUCGUAAUCUCACAAAUUCAGGCUGCGCCACCGCCGCAAAUAACGAACGUUAGCAACCCUCCGCCCGGAGCACAAAUAAGGCCGCCAAUAGUGCAGAUAAAGAACGGUCCUGGUACUACACAUCUGUCACAACCGCCUCCCAGCAUGCAAAUCCAACAAGCUACAACUGAGGCCCCGCAGCAGAUUAUAGUGAAUCCUGCGCCACCGUACCAAGUACAGUACAUACAGCAGAAUCCUCCCAUCGCAACCAGCAGCGGAUCGCAUCCAAACGGGCAGGUGACAAUUCAGCACUUAAUACAACAGCAACCGCAACCGGUGCAGGGAAUAGUGCAAACGACGCUACCACCACCACAGUUUGAACACUUCCAGAGGCCCCCACAGCAAAUCAUAACAGUACAAGGAAGCACGGCUUUCAUGGUACCACCGCCGAAUAUCAUACACCAAACGGCGCCACAACCUCAAAAUCAGAUAAUUUUUCAAACGCAGCAGCCGAUCUUGACGCAUCAUCCGCCACCGGAACUCACUCCGCUCGGUCAGCCUACUUCUCUUGCCCAACCGACAGGAUUACUGGUGAACGGGGCUAACGAUAAGAAGGUCGGAACCAAUGAGAUACCAAUUAAGCAAGAGUCGGUAAAACUGGACGAAGGUCAACCCCACAGUACAAUUCUGCAGCAAAUCCCCAAUGCUGGCCAGCUGGCCAAAGCAACUGUGAUACCAGUGUCGUCUAUACCGGGCCUACCGAUCAGUCAACCACCGCCCCCGAUUAUGUCAGUGCCGCCUCCGACCGUGCAGCAUAUAGUGGGCAAUACUAUCAUUACGUCGCAAUCUAACCAGCCAAUCACUCAUGGCGCUAUUCCCCAGCAAAUUUUCAGCCAAAUACCGGUAUCGAUACAAUCAUUUGCGCCAGCUCCGCCCCCACAGCAGAUGCAGAUGAGCAGCUCCCACUUUGUGGUCAGUGCUCCACAGGCCUGGCCCGUUAGUGCCUCAGCGCCUCCGCAGAUGCAGCAAGUACCCGUCAGUACGGUGCCGAGCAUUCAAAUUACCACGCAACCCAUCCGUAAUCCGAACGAAAUUCAUAUUAUUAGCCAACCAGCAAUAAUAAGUGCUGCCGAAUAUCGUCCCCCGGCACAACAACAACAGCAAAUAAUUACUACGAGCGCAUUUAACCCUCAAAUUCAACCUCCGCAAGGUGUUCAAGUACAAUUUCACACGGUUCCUCCUCCGCCACAACAAAUCAUCACGAGUUUGCCUAACGCUCAAACGCAACCACCUCCCCAAGCUCCACCACCACAAUUGAUCGAAACACAAGGUCCGCCGCACGCUGCUCAACCAUCACACCAGAUUAUCAUCAAUGCCCCAGUUCCUCCACAGCCGCCACCACCACCGCCUUCGUUUGCAACGGUCCAGUACACUACGCAGGAUGCGCCGAAGGGAAAUAUGGAGCAGUUGCAACAGCAACCUCCACCACAAGCACAAUCACUGCCACAGCAACAACCUCCAAUGAACUUACCGCCUGCACAAUCCCAACAGCAUGCAAUUUUGAUUCGACCUGGCCUGAAACGUAAAAUGCCGGAUGAAGAUGCUCAUAAAUCAAUGCCUACUAAAAUCGGUAUGGGUUCAAUUUAUGGUGGCAAUACCUAUAGGGUAAGCGGUAUCAGCAGCAGAGGCUUAGCAGCAGGAUGCAAUGGUGGAAGUUUAACGGGAGCCCAGGCAAAGUGCGUUAUGUCAUCGGUUUCGACAGGGACAAUUACGACGACCUCGACGUCAGGAGCAGGGCUUAUUUCAUCGCAAAUUUCCUCCGAUCACUUAACAGACUUCAGGAGACGAAAAUAGUCAGUGGUUCAAGCACGGUGUCAACAGCAUCGAGCAGCAGCAUCAAUACAACGUUUUCUACGUUAGCAUCAGUAGCUUGAAAUUGAUUACUGGUAGCAAAAACACAAGAGUAGAAGUAACAAUAAACAACCCCAACCAAUUUUAUGGCCCAACGGUAAUGAACCGACACUCAUUGUAAGAGAUGUUGUUAACAAAGUCUACGAUGUGCAAGGCAGGCACCGACCGGUAAGAGUUCAUCUGCAAGGAACGAGCGCAAAACGGUGUUUCGAUCUAAUCGAUUCACUAGAAUAAUGGGUUUUCCAUCGUUAGUUCAGUAAGCAUCAUUGGGCUGCGUCGAGCAUAGUUAUCAAUUCAUCAUCUGCCCUCAGUGGCAGUUUCAAUUGAUGUUUUUGCGCCCCUAGACCGAGAGCAACACAUAGCGGCACUGACGAAUUUGGCUAUGUUAACAGACUUUGCAUCGCAUAUGAUAUUGUUAAAUUUGUUAACUAGUUCGUGUUUUUCCUCUUUCAUACAAAGGUGAAAAUUGAAUGCAUUAGAAGAAACAAGCGGAGAGCAAAUGGUCUACUCAAUAAGAAUCACACCGAUGUGCAAGUGGAACGCGGUUGUCGAACCAAAUCUGGGACUUGUAUCAUAGUGUAAUUACAAUUGUUUUAUUUUGUAUAUUAUUAAGAAAUUUUGUUUUGGUGAACAGGAGAAUAUAAACAAUGUGACGAUACCAAUAUAAUACGCGCAUAAUCGAAGGAUAUGUAAAUUAAUUUAUUGCUACUGUGUUAUGUCGAAGCUGUAGACGAGAUGAAUAGAAAGUAAAAAAAAAUAUCGAAAAGUCAUACUUUAAACAGAAUACUUCAACUGUUUUAAGAUCUUCU